UUUCCACCACUCCUCCUCCUUCCCCUUUCAUCCUUCUCCACCCCUCCUUCCCCUCCUCCUGCUCCCUUCCAUCCUUCUCCUUCUCCUUCCCUCUUUCGAUUCGACGGACGACUUUACGCAACCGCAUCCGGAAAGUUUUGCAAUUUGCCUUUCCUGUAAUCUGCAGCCUCGUCGUCAGCUUUAGGAUCUGGACUGCGAGCCUCCGCCGUUUUGGGAUUCCCACCCGGCAGCGGCGUUCAAAGGCCACCCCGCAAGCUGAUAAACAGAAGGGAAAAAAAAAAGAGGUAAAUGUCUGAUUAUAGGAAGGAAAGAAAACGGGACUCUCCUAAAACCCCUGGAUUAUCAGGGUGAGCCUUGCUGGGUCCCAAACGCAGACGGGAAGGGACUGCGAUGCAUAAACCGUCAAUGACCAAGUCAGUAGCUUUGUCAAGGAGCUUCCCAUGAACACAGAGAGUGAAAAUAGCCCCACCCACAUUGUUGGCAUCCCUGGGGUCCCUGCCAAAUUUUUGUCUCGGGCUGAAAUUUGAUCCUCAAAGAGUUUCUGCUGGACGCCACUCUCCACAGAUUGAUGCUCAUCCGCUCAUGCUGCUCCGUGGUGGAAGGACUCAGCCAGCGUUCCUGUUUCAAAUCCUGAUUUUUGGGGUCCUCCCUCUGAUUUUUGGAAAAAUCUGGAGCAGUUUGUGAAGCACCAUGGUCUGGUGCCUGUGCUUUAUGUCCGAGGACGAGAAAAACGCCAUGGUGAUUGAUAAAGAAAUCACCCGGCUGCUUCAAGAACAGAAGAAACGGGAUCGGUGGGAAUUAAAACUGCUCCUGUUGGGCACUGGGGAAGGUGGAAAAAGUACCUUUAUCAAGCAGAUGAGGAUUAUCCACGGAGUGGGAUUCACGGAAGACGAACGGAAGGACUUUGCCAAAGUCGUCUAUCAAAACAUCUUCACCUCUAUCCAGGCCAUCAUCAAAGCAAUGGAGAGCCUUCAGAUUCCUUAUGCCCAGGAGGAGAAUGCACAAAAGGCCCGGCUGCUUCUGAACGUGGAUGCCUAUACAGUGGUCUCCAUGGAGCCCCACCACGCCCGGAUCAUCGGCGGCCUUUGGGAGGAUGCUGGCAUCAAGUCCUGUUAUAAGAGGCGAAGCAAAUUCCACCUGCUCGAUUCAACGUCCUACUUCCUAUCGAACCUGGACCGCAUUGCUACUGAAGGGUACAUGCCAAGCGCCCAGGAUAUCUUGAGAACGCGUGUGCCCACGACGGGCAUUAAUGAGUACUGCUUUUCAAUGCAAAAGGUGACAUUAAGGAUCGUUGAUGUUGGCGGGCAGAAAACUGAACGCCGGAAGUGGAUCCACUGUUUCGAAAAUGUGAUUGCCUUGAUCUAUUUGGCAUCACUGAGCGAGUAUGAUCAGUCGCUGGAGGAGAAUAAUAGCGAAAACCGAAUGAGGGAGAGUUUAGAUCUCUUCAGGACAAUUCUGGAGCUGCCGUGGUUCUGGAACACCUCGAUUAUUCUCUUCCUCAAUAAAGUGGACAUCCUGGAGGAGAAAAUUCUCACCUCGGACCUGGAUGCCUAUUUCCCCACUUUCCCAGGUCCCAAGCGAGACGUUCACGCGGCCAAAGGCUUUAUCCUGGAGAUGUACAGUGACAUCUUCCAUCAGUUCCUUGACGGGCCUCUUUGUGGCGGUUCCCUUUCUUCCUUCAGACCCCGGUUCCUUUAUCACCAUUACACCUGUGCCACCGACACGCAGAACAUCUGCACGGUUUUUGCGGAUAUCAAGGACGCCGUUUUGGCAAGCUACUUGGAAGAGUUCAACCUGGUUUGAAGAGGUCAGCACCAGAUGCAUCCGGGAAUUGCUGGGCGUGCAAUCCAGGCGUUGCGGGCUCCGGAGAGGCUGAAUUCACAAAGAAGCAUUCCUGUCGGUGUGCCAAGAUGGAAAGUCACUGUUUGUCACAUUUUUUUUGCACCGUCUUCCUACGGGAACCUUCGAUGGACUGGGUGAAUCCGAAGCCUUCCUGCCGGGAAGGUUUUUUUUUGAAAUAAUAUUGCAGCUGCACCACUGAACAGGAGAUUUGCAACUUAACAGUAGAGCAGAGUUGGGAGGACCUUAGAGGUCUUCUAGUCCAACUUAGGAGACCCUACACCAGUGUUUCUCAACCUUGACAAUUUUAAGGCAUGUGGACUUCAGCCAGCAUUGCUGGCUGUGGAAUUCUGGGAGUUGAAGUCCACAUGCCUUAAAAUUGUCCAGGUUGAGAAACACUGCCCUACACCGUUUCAGACAAAUAUUUGUGCAACUUUUUCUGAAAAGCCUCCAAUGUUGGAGCAGCCACAACUUCUGGAGGCAAGUCGUUCCACUGAUUAAUCGUUCCCACCGUCAGAAAUUUUCCCCUUCAUUCUAGGUUGGCCCUCUGCUUGAAUUAGGAGAGCCUUAGUCUCACAAGAGCGAGGUAAAAUGUUGUGAGAUGGAGACAGAAGGGACGAGGAGGAGAACAUGGACAAGAGCAAGCAAGUUGAAGAGAUCAGGAAAUCAACUCUGAAACAGCAAGUGGAGAUAAGAAAGUUCACUCACCCAGCAGGGUGAAAAAGCAAGUUAAGUCCCACAGGGUGUGAGAAUGUGUGACAGAACGCAGCGGUCACAAGAUGUACAAUGAAGAUUGAACAGAAGGCUGGUGGGAAGAAUACAUAACCUAAAGAUUAUGUAGAUAGAACUGUAAUGGGGUUUAUGUGUAUAUAAAUAUAUGAAUGUACAGGCAGUCCUCAACUUUUAGUGACUAUUCCAGGGCUAGGCAACCUUGGCUCUUUUAUGACGCGUGGACUUCAACUCCCAGAAUUCCUGA